AUGAGGAGGAGGAAGAGAAGAGCGGGGAGGUGGUGAAAUGCUAGGGUUGGUUGUCGGUUCUGCUUCGUGGGUCACGAAGGUGGGGUUUUCUGCUUGAGGGACAGUUGGAGAGGGAGAGGAAAGCUUUGGAAACAGACUGUGGUGGCCGCACUCGCAAGCACCCUUUUCACGGGGUGUCCACAGUGGUGGAUUCUCAAGCUGCGGGGGCGCGGCUGGAAAGAGGUUUGGAGGCAUCCUGCGCCCAUGAAGCCAGCGUGCUCACCCCAGGUCUUUGUUUCAAAAACCCUGAUGGUGAUAUUGCUGCUGCUUGCUGCCCAGCAUGUUUAAGAAACCUGAUUCCAAGACAGGAACUUUGAACCUUCAAUUCAACCACGUUUGGCAUCACAAGACUCGAUGGGCCUGGCUUCCACUUGCAUUGAAUGUUUUGAUGAAAGCUCCCUCAUGGAAUGGCAUGAAACACAGAGCUUUUCUCCAGCUGUUUCAAGAUGAUCGUUUGUCACCUGAUAAAUGUACACUGACAACUCUAAAGACCACAAAAGAAAGUAUUUACUAGUGAUCAAAGCACAAGAAAACUACAUUUAAAGGAAGCAAGGACCCCAGUUUUUGGUUUGAAAUGGUGAGGAGAGUGCUGAGGAGGAAACUUUGUUCAUGUCACUUCAAGCCCUUCUUCUUGUUACUUGUUUUUACCCUAAUCAUAUGCUUCUCUGUCUUAAGGAAUAAUCAAAAGGACGACUUUUUAAAUCACAGACAUUUAGAGUUGACUAGAGAGAAUCCAUAUAAUAAUAUUAAUUGUACCAAAGUUAUAUUGGGUGACAAAGAAGAAAUACAAAAUGUGAAGCUUACAAUGCUAACAGUGAAAUUUAGGAAUCUCCCUCAGUGGACAAAUGAUGACUAUAUCAAUAUGACCAAAGACUGUGCUGCUUUCAUUAAGACCCGUAAAUAUAUAAUGGAACCCCUCAGUAAAGAGGAAGAAGAAUUUCCCAUUGCAUAUUCAGUAGUGGUUUAUCACAAAAUCGAAAUGCUUGAUCGGCUCCUAAGAACCAUCUACACACCUCAGAAUUAUUAUUGCAUUCACGUUGACAAAAAAUCUCCAGAAUCCUUUUUAGCAGCAGUGAAGGGCAUUGCAUCUUGUUUCAAUAAUGUCUUCAUUGCCAGUCAACUGGAGAAUGUUGUGUAUGCAUCAUGGAGUAGGGUCCAAGCAGAUCUCAACUGCAUGAGAGAUCUCUACAGACAGAGUUCAAAAUGGAAAUAUUUGAUAAAUCUGUGUGGAAUGGAUUUCCCAAUUAAAACCAAUCUGGAAAUGAUAAGGAAGCUAAAGACUUUAAUGGAUGGAAACAGCUUAGAAACUGAGAAAAUGCCUUCCCAUAAAGAAGUAAGGUGGAAGAACCAUUAUGAAGUUAUCGAGGGCAAGCUAAAAAACACAGGAAAAAAUAAAUCACGUCCUCCUAUUGAAUCACCAAUUUUUUCAGGCAGUGCCUAUUUUGUUGUUAGUAGGAAGUAUGUAGAGUAUGUACUAACCAAUGAGAAGAUUCUAAAAUUUAUUGAGUGGGCUAAAGAUACAUAUAGCCCCGAUGAAUAUUUGUGGGCCACAAUUCAAAGAAUCCCUGAAGUUCCAGGUUCCCUUUCUUCCAGUAAUAAGUAUGAUAUUUCUGAUAUGCAGUCAGUUGCUAGGUUUGUGAAGUGGCAAUACUUGGAAGGGGACAUUUUCAAGGGUGCUCCAUAUCCACCUUGCAAUGGGAUUCAUGUCCGUUCAGUAUGUAUAUUUGGGGUAGGAGACUUAAAAUGGAUGCUACAACAGCCCCAUUUUUUUGCCAACAAAUUUGAUAUCAGUGUCGACUCUUUUGCAGUCCAGUGCUUAGAAGAGCAUCUAAGACAUAAAGCUUUAUAUCCUACAAAACAGUGAAUAUGUUUACUGUAACUGAAAAGUGAAAUGAGCAAAAAUGCAUAGAAUGUCCUUUCUGCUGCAAACAGAUAAAUGUGGAUUAUGAUCUGCCUUUCCUCCAUGGGCUGCUAGUUUUCUAUAGAUAAAUUCUGUUAGAAAUAUUUUGGAAUCAAACUAUGAGGUUGGAGGUAAAUAAAAUGUAUAUUUGGGGAAAGAAAGGAGGGAGUCCUGAUCUUUCCUGUUCAUUAGUAUAAUCUAAAAAUGAUCUCAUUUUCUUUCAAAAAAGAUUUGAAUAAUGAAGUAAAUCUAUCUAUCUAUAUUUGUAUGUAUGUAUGUUUGCGUAUUUUCCCACAAUGUUAUUUUUUUACAUAUGUUUGGGGUGAAAGUUGUUGAUUGUUGGGGGCAGGGGGUCAGGAUUUGGAGAAGAUGCUGAUAAAAGGAGUCACUCAAAGAGCUCAGGGACCAAAAAUAAAAAAAUAAUUUAUAUGGAUUUCAGUGGUGUCAAAACUAUUGAGAGACUUUUGGAGUAUGAAUGUUUUCUUGUACUAAAUUAAACUUAAAAGCAACAGUCAAUCUUAAGGAUAUAAUUUAUCUUUAAACAAUAUUUUGUGUAUAUAUUGUGCUGUAAGUUUGUUGUUUGUUUCAAAUGAACUAUGUGAAACAGUUUGACUUUGGAAAAAUUCUGUAUUGCACAAUGUACUUAUGUAUAUCUUCUCAGGGGACAUAAAAGCCAAGUGCCUGAAUUUCUAACAUGUAAUAUUUCAGGUUAAUUUGAUAUUCAUUUAAAUUUUUUUAUGGAACAAAAAUGCCAUUUCCUUGUUCAUUUGAUACCAAUGAUCACAUUUCUAAGACUUAAAAAAAUGUAUUGUUCUGUCUCAGUGAACGAGUAAUGAGAAAAAGAAUUGCCACAUAUACAUGCUGUAGUUUGGGGGCUCUUAAUCUUUGAACAACAAAGAGUAUUUUGAUAACUUUAUUUCAAUAUAACUUAAUUUCCUUUGAAAUCCCAUGUAUUUUAUUUUUUACACCUAAAAACAUGAUCCUAACUAGUUUCAUCAUGCUGACCAAAGGGUCCAGAACACACACACACACACACAAAGGUGAAUCUCUUGAUCGAGUGUCUUUACAUGAAGAAAACUUAAUUUUCAUAGCACAAUUUGUUAACCAGAACUCAAGGUUAUUGCAAAAUGAUAAUAUAGAAAAGACCAAAUAGGGAUUAGAAAAGGAAAAAAAUGUAGCCAAGAUACACAGUUUCUAAAGGUAGGUAAACAUGCUGCAAUGGAAAGUUUAAAAAGACAGUUAAAGGGGGCAGCUGGGUGGCUCAGUGGAUUGAGAGUCAGCCCAGAGACGGGAGGUCCUGCCUAGCCCAAACCACUCUUCUGCCUUGGAGCCAAUACCCAGUAUUGAUUGAUUCUAAGAGGGAAGGUGAGGGUUAAAAAAAAUGGAAACAGUUUCUGCUGGUGGCUAAAUGAUACUCAACACAGUACAUAUUAGACACUUGUCCCAUUUGAAUUGUCAAAGCAAGUUGUUAUUAGUAAUAAUGCCUAACAUUUAUAUAACAAUUAAUUUUUGAAAAGUGCUUUAUAGAAAUGGUUUCAUUUUAUCUUCACACCCAAGUCUAUAACGUAGAUGUAUCAGGCUUUUUAAUUUUUAUUUCUACCAAAUAAGGAAACAGGCUUACAGAGAUUAAGAUUAUUUGUUCCUGGUCACAUAAUUAAAUUUAAGUGUCGUGAGUACAAUUUCAACUUAGGUCUUCCUGACUCCAAGACCAGGACUCAAUCCAUUAGACUUUGCUAUGUCUCAGGGUCACCCUCCCACGAGAUUUUUUGCAAAUUUAUACCCCUCAAUUGUUUUCAUCCUCCUUUGCCUUUGUAGUGGUUUCCCAUCACCUGUGAAUGUUAUUUGUAUUCUUCCCUACUUAACAUGACACUAUAUAUGGUGGGAUAGUCCUAAAUCUGUUUUAGAGUCUUAGGAAUUCGGAUGAGAAAUUUAGAGUAAAGAGAAGUAGAUUUAGUGUAAAUUGGUGUAAAUCUACAGUUCUUGCCCUAGAUGGGGACACAUAUAGCUAAAGUAGGGCCAGUUUUCACUUCAACUUAAUCUAAACCACUAAAGGUUCGUCUUAUUUUCUGUGCUGAUUAAUUCAUAUUUAAUAUCAAAGAGAAUUAAACAAUUUUCAUCUUACUUACAUUUGAUAAAUUUAUGUUGCCAAACCUAGAGAUCUUUUAGUAUCUGAAGUCAUGAUGGGAAAUACUCUUAUGGCCUUUAAGAAGUGUUAAAUGCAUUUUGUCUUUGAAAUAAAGAAUAUGGCAUGUGAUCAAGUGA